UCAAUCGAUUGCUUAUGAAUCAUACUUGACGCAAUCGAAAUCAUUAUUGCAUCUUUGACACCACUAGUAUUUACGCGUAUCAAGCGUAAAAACUCAAUUAACAAUUGAUUAAGAACUAAAUUAGCAGUAUAAUUAUGUGUAAUAAAACGCAGGCCAUAGCAACAUGUUAAAUGCAGUGCCUUCAGCGCUAGUGCGGCAGCGAGUGACGUCACAUGAGUAGAAAACAACAAAGCAACAACAACAAAAGGUAGUGGGGCGCCGCAGCAACAAAAGGGAAUCAAUAACAAAAAAGCCAGAGAGAAAAUCGUAAUUUGGUGGAUAAUUUGCAUACGAUUGGGUGGUUAGAUAACGCCGACAACCCAUCACAGACGCACAAAUCACGAAAUGAGUAAGCUGGAAACGGAUUCGGACAGUUCAGAAGAGUUUUUCGAUGCCGAGGACACUACGCCCAAUCGCCAUUCGACUUUGUGUCGAAAGCUGCCGCCCGAGGCUGCCCAGGAGUUCAUCUUUCCAGAGCCCGCCGUACGAGUGAAUGCCGCCGCCUCAUCCGACAGCGAUGCUACGCCCAUUGGCGCUGGAACGCCCGCCACCCGGAGUCCCACCAAUAGCCUGGGUGCCCGGCUAAAGCCGCAGGAUGCGGGGGUCUUUGUCGAGCCUAAGCCCGUGAUAGGACCUUUGGGUAGACAGCGCUUUCACGAACUACGUCAGUGCAUGCAAAACGAUGAAGAUGAUAAUCCAGGAAAUACACUCACACCUGAUUCUCAGAAUAGCUCAACGGAUGGCAUUUUCACCAACCGUUCGACGCAUCCGUUUAAGGUCAUUGAGACCGAUGCGAUGAGCAUACAGAGCAUGACAUCACUGGGUCGCGUGGGCCGAAUCUUGGCAGGCAGCAUUGAUCCAUCUGCUAUAAGCAUAGAUCGCGAGUCCCUGGCCUCGUUGAAUGCGCAACAGCAAAAGCAGCAGGCGCAGCAGCAACAACAGGCGCAGACUACAUCGUCUACCAGCUCCAAUACUCCACCAAGCGUUGGAAACACCUCUUCCGGGAUGAGCACGCCCAGGGUGUCGCCCAAGCAUCAGCAGAGUGGUAAGGAAGCAACCGCCACCACGACAGGGAUUCCUAGUGCCGCAAUCUCCGCGCAGAGCUCUGGUGUUGGCUCGAUGGUUUUGCAGGAACCAGAUGUGAUAGCAAGCACAAAGCUUGCCCAGUCUAAAACCACUGAUUCCAUCACCUCGUCAGGACCUGUGGCGCCACCGCGAAGAAAGAAGAAAUCUCGUAAUUGCUCCAUCAGUUCCUCAGAUCAGUAUAGUCUUCCUCCUGCGGACAACGAAGACACUGAUAGUGAUACGCGGUCUGUGAAGAGUGUGCAGGGUCUUCAGCAAAAGCUCCGGGAUGACUUUGUCAUGGAGUUAGAGAGCUCCCUUAAUGCAACUAGUUCAGCCUCCAAUAUCACCCUGACCUGCUCCUCCACCAAUACAGUUGUUUCAGCUUCGGCUUCGACUUCGGCGGCAUCUUCGUCCUUGCCAUCGACAAUUGCAAUUCAUAUGCGCCCCAUGGUCGCUUCGGUCACCAUUGCUGGUCCAAAACUCACUCAAUCUCUGGGCAGCAGUUCCACGUCGGUUCACUCCAAACCUAGUCCAUCAAAUUCGGCGAAAAGCAACUCAGCGCCAGCGAGAGUUAGUUCCAUCGAUCCGAAUCAGGGUCUGAAUCUGUUUAAGGCCAUUCAGGGAGGUUAUGUGGUGAAACCACGCGACGAGGCCAGCAACAAGGCGCAAGGUCCAUCUCAAGAUGAAAUCGAGCGCAUUGAGAAAAUGCUGAUGGAAAGCGCGAACCGACCAAAGCUGGCGGGAACGGGAUCCAACAGCUUAGGAAGCUCCACACGCUAUCCCGGAUUCUAUCGCGGUGUCAACGAUAAGGAGCGCCGGAAGUCCGCUGGCGACGAGGAUGUGCUCAAGCAGAUGAACAUCUAUGUGCGCACGCGGACCAGCUCAGGCAAGCAGCUAACCGACUUUGAGAUCCUUGAACAAGUUCCUGUUAAAAAUUUAGACACGGGAGAAAAUAUGCCGCUAUCCGAAAUGCGUUCACCACCAGUGCCUGAGGGAUGGAAUCCGCUCUCGCUGCACAUCCUUAAGCUGACCUCCCACCUGGAGGUGAUCCAGAAGGAGUCCGAUGAGGAGAGUGUGAUUGGCAUACCGCCCAGCAUCGAGGGUCAGCAGCCCGACGAAGAGGAACUCGAAACGGAAGAUGGCAGUCGACUGAAAAAGAAAACGGCCCGGAUCAAGAGGUUCUUUGGCACCACAAUGCGAAAGACGGUGGACAAGGCCAAGUCGAUUGCAUCCGAAGUGUCGCAUGCGCGGCACAAAGAGGAUGUGGCUGAUAUUGUUGAUGCAAUGAAUCCCGAGCAAAAUAUCAAAAUCAAGGCUUCCUCGUCCAACAAGGGUCCCUAUGAGUUCACCAAACUGCAGCACGUCCAGGAUUUGAGUGGCGAAGAUACCAGUGCCGUGUGGUGCAUGAAGUUCAGUUCCUGCGGGCGACUCCUGGCCACUGCUGGACAGGACAAGGUGUUAAGAAUUUGGGUUCUUAAAGAUGCCUAUCCGUUUUUCCAGGACAUGCGCAACAAAUACAAUGCUGACCAAAAAUCCUCACCUACGCCGUCGCAAGAGUCACUCGUCUCGCAGCAUUCGGCGGAGGAAGCCAUUGCCAUGGCUACUGCCGCAGAGAAAUGCACGGGCCCCUUCAUGCCAAAACCCUUCUGCACCUACAAUGGACACACCUCCGAUUUGCUGGACGUCAGCUGGUCAAAGAAUUACUUCAUACUGUCAAGCAGCAUGGACAAGACUGUGCGGCUCUGGCACAUUUCCAGAAAGGAGUGCCUUUGCUGUUUUCAGCAUAUCGAUUUUGUCACCGCUAUUGCGUUCCAUCCACGCGAUGAUCGCUACUUUUUGAGUGGCAGCCUCGAUGGCAAACUAAGGUUGUGGAACAUACCCGACAAAAAGGUGGCACUGUGGAAUGAGGUAGAUGGCCAGACAAAGCUUAUAACGGCUGCCAACUUCUGCCAGAAUGGACAGUUCGCCGUUGUAGGGAGCUACGAUGGUCGCUGCAUAUUUUAUAACACGGAUCAGCUGAAAUACCACACGCAGAUUCAUGUGCGCUCCACCAGGGGUAAAAACCGCAUUGGCCGCAAGAUCAGUGGCAUUGAGCCGAUGCCCGGCGAAGACAAGAUUCUAGUCACAUCCAACGACAGCAGAGUGCGCCUGUACGAUUUGAGGGACUUGAACUUGUCCUGCAAGUACAAGGGCUACUUGAAUGUGUCCUCGCAAAUCAAGGGCUCGUUCAGCCACGAUGGAAAGUACAUCAUAGCCGGGUCCGAGAAUCAGUGCAUCUAUAUUUGGAAAACAAACCACGAUUACUCAAAACUCAGUUCUGUUCGCCGCGAUCGCAGCGACUUCUGGGAAGGCAUUAAAGCACAUAAUGCUACGGUCACUUGUGCCAUAUUCGCGCCACACCCAGAGGCUAUCAUUAAGCCCGAACCGGAUGAGAUCUCCAAUGAGAAGUUGGCUCACAAUCAGCCGGAUCCACUGGUCGAGCAGCACAAAAAGGGAUGUGGUUAUGUGUUGGUCAGCGCCGAUUUCAAUGGCGCCAUCAAGGUGUUCAUCAACAAGACGAAGCCGAAGCACAGCAGUCUACCCUACACGGCCAUUGCGGAUUAGUCUUUAGAUAGAGGAUGGGAGAUAUAGAAGAGUAAAAGUGAAAUACUAUUUUAUUUUUGUAUUCGUGACAUUUUGUAUCGUUAGUAACUAGCGCCAUCGCUUAUUUGUAUGCAUAAUCCGUAAUUACUAAUUCCUGUCUGUCCCCACGCCCAUUUUAAUUUAAUAAUCCCCUAAUUCCCCUUGUAAAAGUUGUUAACAAUUGCUGCUGGCGCGAACUGUUUAAUAUUACGCAAAAUAUGUUAUGUAUUUUUAACGCUGAGUGUGUGAAUAUGUGUAUAGAUAUUUGUUUAACAAGUUGAUUAUUUUGAAAGUCAAUUGUAUGUUGUUAUGCCCUUGUGAGUUACAUUUUGACUGUACAGAUGCUUUGAUUUCGUUACUCUCGACUACAAUUGAAUCUGUCCGUCUGGCCAUUAACCUCCUUCAUAUGUAAUCUAGUUAGAAAUGUACUACUGGCCAACCUGCAAGGGUACGAGCGAAUCGGUGGGCCGAAUCGAAAUAAGUUAUUUUAUCGCCUAAAGUCUUAACCUAACCAACCUAUUAUAAUUAACUUUUAAACAAUAUAUAUUUUGUGUAAAGUAAAUAUGUGCAACCAGGA